CUUGGAGAGCUCACCAUGAGCACCAGAGAACCACUGCCAUUAGCCUACUCGCCCUAUGAAAACCGCCCUUGUACCGACUUGACGCUCUCUAUCACCGUCCACGCCCCCUUGGCCGUGCAACGUUUGCGAGCCAUAUCCUUGAAUGUGAAACCUGCAAUCCGAGCCAAGACGUUCUACGCCUCAGAGCCGAUGCCGUGCCUUCCGAAACAGACGUCCCUUACUCGGAACCAAUCGAUUCGGCUCCACGAUGAGAUCAUCAAACUCGAGCACAUGGAUUUUACGCAACUAGAUUGGAGAUACAGCCCCUACAUUGAGACAGAAGAGCCACCAGGGUAUGAAGACGCUGUGACUGACGUUGCACCAGAGAGGACCCCUACGAGUGCGAGCCGUAGAGACGACAGCGUGGAUGAAUGGAAAGCGUCUGUCCGUAUUCCCAUUCAGCCUGACCAAGCGAUGCUCCCAACAUUCUGUAGAAGCCUUAUCUCGAGAUCGUACUCUUUGGUCCUGCGUGUACGAGUUGCUGGGAUACGUACUCGGAAAGCCGAUUUUGAGGUUCCUCUCCAGGUUGUCUAC